AUGGCUUCUCCACUGGCCGCUGGCAACGACAAGAAGCUCGAUGAAAAGAUUCCCAUUGAGAGGACGUCUACGGAGCCCGACUUGAAGAAUGGCGAAAUUAAGGAGCUAGAUCAGGCCGAAAUCUUUUUGAGAGAGAAUAACAUUACGCAUCAGGAUCUCUCCACAUUGCUUGAAGACGAGGAGGCAGUGAAGAAGUUGGUGCGGCGUGUUGAUUGGACAUUGAUGCCAUUGCUAUGUGGAACUUUCCUGUUGCAAUACGUUGACAAGCAGUCUCUUUCAUACGCGGCGGUCUUUGAUCUGUUUGAGUCUACAAACAUUGGCUCUGGGGAGUAUGGAUGGCUUGUGUCCAUCUUCUACUUCGGGUAUCUAAUCUUCGAGUGGCCGGCGUCCUACAUCGCUCAAAAGUUCCCAACUGGCAAAGUCGUCUCAAUAUGCAUCAUAACAUGGGGAUCGGUCUUGAUGUUGACAGCAGCUUGCCACAACUUCACUGGGCUAGCGAUUUGUCGGUUUCUGCUGGGUUGCUUUGAGUCUGUCAUAACCCCGACGUUCAUGAUGAUUGUUGGACAAUGGUAUCAACGUAACGAGCAAUCUUCCCGCGCAGGAGCCUUUUACUGUUUCAAUGGUGUCGGAGCUUCAGUGGGUGGGAUCUUGUUCUUCGGAGUGGGUCAAUCGACAGGCUUUGCUGUGUGGCGUACAAUCUUCCUUCUUGCCGGAGGCCUCACCGUCUGCUGGGGCAUUCUGCUACUGUUCCUCCUCCCUGAUUCCAUCAUGACGGCGAAGCGGUUCACAUCUCAGCAAAAGGCCACUCUUAUUGCUCGCAGUCAACAGAACCAAACAGGCGUCUUCAACCCAAACAUCAAGUUGGCUCAAGUUAAAGAAGCACUGCUCGACCCGCAGAUCUGGCUCUUGUUCCUAUUUGUACUCCUGAACGAGACCGUGAAUGGUGGACUCGCCAACUUCUCCAAGCUUAUCAUCAAGGGUAUCGCGAAUGGUAACUCUCUCCUGACAACUGCUUAUGGCAUUCCAACUGGAGCCUGGCAGGUGAUGUGGGUGUUUAGUGGACCAUGGCUUGCGUCUAGGUUCAAGAACAUCCGCACUUAUGUUAUGGCGGCCUAUGUUCUUCCAACGAUUCUUGCGACGGCCCUACUCUGGCAGGUCCCACAUACUGCUGAGCAUAACAAAGGUCUCUUGGUGUGUAAUUACAUUGCUGGCAGCUACGUGGCGUCUCUUGUCAUUGCCUUGCAGCUACCUGCGAAUAAUGUUGGAGGGUAUACCAAGCGAGUCACCUCUACCGCUUUUGUCUUCCUGGCUUACUGCGCGGGCAAUAUCAUCGGACCUCAUGCCUUCAUCGCUUCAGAAGCGCCAACGUACAAGACUGGUUGCAUUGUUACAAUGGCAUGUGCCUCUGGUCAAGUUGUUCUUUCAUUCGUGUUACGAGCUGUGUUAAUCCGGAGAAACAAGAGGCGAGACGCUCUCUAUGGGCCGGCACCCGAAGCAGGAGAUGUGGCGAUGGAGGUUAUGGAAGACAGGACAGAUCUUGAGAACCCGAACUUUCGAUAUUCAUAUUAG